UAAAACAAGUUGACAUUUCAUACAAAGUUUCAUUAUCGUUACUCAGACUUGCGCUGUGUAGUACGUUGAUAUCGGAAUAAUGCCGUGUUUAAAAAUAUAUACAAAUAUCUCCAGUUAUAAAAUACCAAGGGAUUUUGUUGAUAAAAUAAUACCAGUUCUUGCAAAAGCGGUAAAGAAAGAUAAUAACAAAUUUAUAUGUGUAACAACAGGAGAUUGUCAAAUGUCGUUCGGCGGCGAAUCGUCAGAGCCAAGUGUUAUAGCUACCUUAGAAUCUAUUGGUAAUCUCGGUCCGAAUGAGAAUAAAGAGAUCGUUAGAGAAUUGUCCAAACACUUGGAAAAGGAACUUAAAGUCAAACCCCACAGAUUUUUCUUGACCUUUUAUGAUUUACUUCCUUACAAUGUUGCUAAAGGAGGAGUAACUAUUGAGGAAAUUGGAGCAUGAAAACAUUGCACAAGCGAAAUAUUCUACGUUAACGAUGUACUGAUAUUAAAAAAAUAGAGCGAAAUAAAAUAAUACUUAUGUGACUGUUUA